AGCCCAUACUCUCCACGUGCUUUUCUAAAGUACAUUCACUCCCCGGCUCGCCUUGCGUGCCGUUCGUUGUUCCAAGAACUAGUGAGCCCGGUCCACCCCGUGGUGUAACAACACUGCUAAGUCGUCGUAUCGAAUAGGAGAUCAUAUAGAAGAAAAAGUUGUGCGUUUUUUGGCAGGUGUGCGUAUCCUGCGCAUUGUGCACCGUAUCUGAAAAUCGCCAAGAAUUUUGUUUGAACGUGUGAGUUGUGUGUCGGCGGACCUAGCGAGAGACGGGAGGACGGCACUGGAGGUGGUGUGAUAUUGGUGAAGCCUUCACUCUAGUCAGCUGCUGGGCGCUCCGUUGGUCGUCACCUGGCUCAUAUGGCAGAAACAAAACGAGAGGAACAGGACUCACAAUCCUCUGCCACCUCCACCACCGAGCAGUGCCCAGACCAGCAGCCUCCCAGCAAUCAACAGCAAGCCACCAGUCACAAUCCAGUAUCAAGUGCUGUGACCAUGCACACGAAGCCAGCCGGGAAAGACCUCCCCACAUCAGCUGGCACCGCUAGCACUCGCUCCACCCCUCCCCCACCCUCCCACCUCACACCCCCCACAGCGACCCACGGGGCAGCCCCUGACAUUGAGAUCACAGACGAGACGACGGGUCCCCCGAAGAGCAGCGAGCCCAGCAGCCCUCUCUCUGAGGAAGAUUUCUCCAGUGGCGGAGAACAGGAUGACGGGAAGGGUUACGUUGCACACCAGUUCGGAGGGCCAGGGGAGAGCCCCUACUAUAUGAUGUCGUUACCCAACGGUGUCAGUAGUGGAUCGGGGGGAGGAGAUCCGGCCAUGCUGCCAGGCCACUCCCUCCCGAACACUGCCUGGGGCGGGGCUGGAGACGUUGGAAUGGCCGAAGGGUCGUAUGUUCACAUGAUGGACUCCGCCCCAUUCCUACAUCACUCUGCCACGUCCAUCAACAGUCACAUGACCUCUGACCCCAUGUCCCCGCCCCCCGAGGGGGAGGGGCUAAGAGCGACACUCGUUCGACAGCUAGAGUACUAUUUCUCCAAGGAAAACCUCAGCUCUGACAAAUACCUGUUAUCCCAGAUGGAUGGAGAUCACUAUGUGCCUGUGUCAGUCAUAGCCGGAUUUUUGAAGGUCAAAAGGUUAACUACAGACAUAAACCUAAUAAUGGAUGCCAUCCGAGAGUCCCAUCAUCUCCAACUGGACGAGACGACAGAGAAGGUGAGGGCAGUCCCAGAGAAGAGAUGUGUCCUCAUCCUCAGAGAAAUACCCAAAGACACCCCUCAAAAGCACAUAGAAGGUCUGUUCUCCAGCGACAGCUGCCCAAACUUCUGCACCUGCGAGUUUGCAGAGAAUGACUGCUGGUACAUCACCUUUGACUCUGAGGAGGACACACAAAAGGCAUUUGCCCACCUGCGAGAGGAUGUGAGGAAUUUCCUGGGCCAUCCCAUCAGAGCGAGGAUCAAGGGAACGACGGUCCAGCGACCUUCCGCUGUGACCAAGAAAUCACACUACCCCUCCUCCUCCUCCUCCUACCCCUCUGUACAGAAUGUCUACAAUGGACAGCAACCUGUGCAGUAUUUCUCCCAGCCAGUGUCACAAUGGGGUCCCUAUUACCAUGGAGACCCUAACUACAUGCCCUACAUGAAUGGCUACCACCCUCCCCAGGGAUUUGGUCCCCCUCUUCCCUCCUCACAACCACAACCGCCCACCUCUAAACCUUCUCCAGUUAGCAAUGGAGCUCCACCUACCAUACAGGCCAAUGCAGGCAGUAGUAGUGGACCACAGAACCUGCCUCCCAAACCACAGAGAUCUGAACUAAAGGUUGGUUCAGCCAGAGACGGUGUGAGAAAUGCUCCUGGAAAUAAGUCCCAGUCUCCAUACAGUAGAUCAGGGGACAGAGAGUACAGUAGAUCUGGAGACAGGGAAUAUAGAGGAGACAGAGAGUACAGUAGAGAUUUUAGCAGAACAAACAGGUCACAGGUGUUCAAUAGAGUAGAAGGUCGUCCUCCUUCCACUGGAAGGGGACGUUACAAAGACCGCGAUCGUAGCGACCGAGACAGAGACGGCAAGCGACCGGGAGGCAAUAAUUACAGGAGCCAGUCACGACCAUCCCCCAAGCCUCUCCGUAAACAGGCUCCGCCUCCUCCACCCACCACUCCACCGACAGACAAGACUCUGAGUACCAACACGACCAACAAUCCCAGAUCUGACCCCAACUCUGGCCCCUCCCUCUCCACGACCGCCUCUAGUACCAACGAGGGGGCGUCCCUGUCGUCAACAACCUCUUUGUCGAGCUCAACCAGCGGGGCAAAGACAGAUGGCGGGAGACUGAGCUAUGCACAGAUGGCCCAGAAGGCACCCGCACCACUGCCACCUAAACUACCCUCACAACAGAACUCUAACGCAAACGGAAACAACGCAGCCAGUGGAACAACGCCGGCCUCUAGUGGAGGAACCAGCAGUGGAGGAACUGAGACUAGCAGUGCUACUAAUAAUAGGGACAAGGAACAGAUUGCUUCGUCUUCCUCAACGGCUGCCGGAGGUUCAGAACGCAGCAGUAGUAUCAGUAGUAAUAGUAGCAGUACAAGUGGUGGAGGGAGGGAUGCGUCUCGCCGCAGCCCAGACUCAGACUCGCGUCCUCCCCACCCACACACCCCGUCCAAACACCACCCGACUCCCCAGGAGAGCGGUGGUGGGUGUGGCAGUAGAGGUGAACUGGCAGCUAGUAUUCCCCUCCCCCAGUCCCCUCCCUCGUCCAGCGGGGCCACCUCUCCUGACCCUGUCGUCUCCUCCUAAUCACCUCCUCCUCCCGUGUGUCCUCUUGACAUCCACUACCACUGCUAGGUGUCCCUGUGUAAAUUAAUCUAUCAAAAAGGUCUCAUCGCACACACACACACACACACACACCAAACACUGUGUAAACUUUUAUUGCACUUUUUCUUCUUGUCUUUGUCUAUUACAAUACUCUGUUUUUGUGAAGACUUUGUAACCCUGUUUCCCCUGAUUUACCUGUUACUAUUGUGUAUGUGUAUACAAGUCUUGUUUGUGUGUGUUCUUUAUCAGUAAUUGCUGUAUAAUUGUGUCACCUGUAUAUCUCUCUUCUCAGUUUUGUGUAAAAAUCUGUGUUAAUGUUACGUGAUACUAUACAUAACUCAGUUGUGUGAUAGAAGAGUUGUACAAAUGACUCAUCAUGUAUCUGUCUUGUCUGUGUGUGUGGGUGUGUUCAUGACAGGCUAGCCAUGUGGGAUCGUUGCCAAAAGUGCGUGUAUAUAAAAAGUGAUGUCAUAAGAAAUCUCUGCAUGUUUGCCUAACAAGAAGUUUUGUAUCACAACGCACAAGGAUGCCUUUUUAUGGCCCUGUACCAAAACUGUUGUAUUAUUGUCAAUUUAUGUGUGUGUGUGUUACAGUAGUCUCCCUGUCACUAGGUAUUAUUGUUAUUAUUCAAAUUUGCUGUACAUAGCCCUAAAUUUUCUCUGAUGCAAUAGUAUUAUUUAUCAUUGUUCUUGUGUGCCCUUAUUCAUGUAAUAGGAAUGUUGCAAGAUUAAUAUUCAACUUUUAAUUGGUACUAAAGUUUA